GCACAUAACAUAUGAGAGGUUGGGGGAACAAUCUUAAGACCUUUUAAUUAUUAGAAUCAGCAUCUAGCAAGGAUAAAAAUGAUAAGAGCCAAAUAAAUCAUGCUACUUAGCCAUGCAGAAGAGGAGGUGAGCAGUUGGAACAAAAAAGAUGUCCUUGGAAUUUAUAGUCACAUGAACAUGAAAGCUCUCACUGUUUCACAGGGCAUGUGAGCUUAGCACGGACCUGCUCAGAUCCCCUGCCACUGUUACCCUGUGAAUAUCUUCACCUCCUCCCUCAAUAUCAUUUUUCAGUACAACCCCUCUCCUUUUCUUGUUGUAACCUCCAUAAUUUUGGAGCGUUAUACAAACAAACAAUUUACAGUACUGCUAGCUAAACUGAGCCGAAGAAGAGAAUGGAAGAGAGUCCUAUCAAUUGCCUCCUGGUUUUCAUUCUUCUAACAUGCCCUGUGUUUGCUUCUUCAUUUGAUGGACCUUUGUAUGAUUUUACAGCUUACACUGAGUGCAAGGCAGAGGUAGAGAGGCCACUUUACAAUGGAGGGAUUCUGAAAGAUCAGCCUGCAGUUAAAGAUUCUGAAACUAGUGGUGUUUAUUCACCUGCAUUCAUACUGCACAAUCUCACCCCAGGCAACAUCUACUGUUUCUCCAGUUGGGUGAAGAUAGAGGGUGCAAGUUCAGCUCUCAUAACUGCAAGCCUGAACACAGAGAAUAAGACAUAUAACUGCAUAGGAACUGUUCUGGCCAAGCAAGGAUGCUGGUCAUUCCUCAAGGGUGGAUUUAUUCUUGACUCUCCUUCCAAACUCUCUAUCCUAUAUUUUCAGAACUCCGAUAAUAAAGAUCUGAAAAUAGAAGUUGCAAGCACUUCCCUACAGCCAUUCACUGAUCAACAAUGGAGAAUGAAUCAGCAAUAUAUAAUCAACACCAAAAGGAAACGUGCCGUGACAAUCCAUGUCUCAAAUGUACAAGGACAGACGUUGCAAGGGGCUGAAAUUAGCAUAGAGCAAGUUGCAAAAGAUUUCCCAUUUGGAUCUGCAAUAGCAAAGACCAUCCUUGGAAAUUUGCCUUACCAGAAUUGGUUUGCCAAGAGAUUCAAUGCUGCAGUGUUUGAAAACGAGCUCAAAUGGUAUGCAACAGAACCAGAACAAGGGAAGGUUAACUACAACAUAUCAGACCAAAUGAUGGAAUUUGUUCGAGCUAACCAAAUUAUUGCUAGAGGUCAUAAUAUAUUCUGGGAAGACCCCAGAUAUACACCAGCAUGGGUUCUAAACCUUACAGGACCUGCGCUGCAAUCCGCCGUGAACUCUAGAAUACAAAGCCUAAUGAGCCAAUACAGAGAAGAAUUCAUACAUUGGGAUGUUAGCAAUGAAAUGCUCCAUUUUGAUUUCUAUGAGCAGAAGCUUGGCCCCAACGCUACCCUGCAUUUCUUUGAGACAGCACACCGGUCUGAUCCUCUUUCAACCCUCUUCAUGAAUGACUUCAAUGUGGUUGAGACUUGCAGUGAUGUGAAUUCCACAGUUGACAACUACAUUUCAAGACUGAAAGAACUCAGACGCGGUGGAGUUUUCAUGGAUGGGAUUGGUCUUGAGGGACAUUUCACAACACCAAACCUCCCUCUAAUGAGAGCUAUACUAGACAAGUUGGCCACACUGGGGCUUCCAAUUUGGCUCACAGAGGUUGAUAUCAGCAACACCCUUGACAAAGAAACACAGGCUGUUUAUUUAGAACAAGUUUUGAGGGAAGGCUUUUCGCAUCCAUCGGUUAAUGGGAUAAUGCUUUGGACUGCGUUGCAUCCUAACGGGUGCUACCAAAUGUGCUUGACAGACAAUAAUUUGCAGAACCUUCCUGCUGGUGAUGUUGUUGAUAAGCUCCUGAAAGAAUGGAGAACAGGAGAGAUAGGAGGUGAGACCGAUGAUCAUGGAUCGUAUAGUUUCUUUGGCUUCUUAGGUGAAUACAAGAUUAGUGUUAAGUAUGGAAACAAGACUGCAAGUUCAACCUUCUCACUUUGUCAAGGUGCAGAAACUAGACAUGUUAGCAUUCAGCUGUGAUAAGCUAGCACAAGUUUAGAAAAUUAGAAUUUCCUAUGAGCUUACGAAGGCUGUUGAACUUUAUAGUGGAAUUAACUUCCUCAUAAGAGCAAUAUUAAUAUUUAUAUAGCAUUCAAUUUGAUUCAGAAACUGAUCAUUUUCAGCUUUGUUAAUUUUUAUAAACUAAAAAGUAUGUGGAGUUAGUUUGUAAUAACAAAUAUUACUAACA